AUUUUAUAAAAAUAGAAAAACUAUUUAAUUCACGAUGGAUGUAGCCUCAAUAGCUAGUGGAUCUUUACAUGAUGAUUUAGUUAUAGUCUUGCAUAUUUCUGAAGCUAUUGGAUUAAAUGCUGCUGACAUGGUUUGGGCACAAGCAUCGCUUAGUGGGAAUAAAUUGGAUAGGGAACCGAUUAAAACAGGACAUACGACAUCAUUUGAGUGCUCGUUGAUCUGGGAAACGGACAGAAAGUCGAUAAAACGAAUGAAAAUUGAAAAUCUUCCAGUAAAAGUUGAUUUAUACAAGAUCAAAAAUUAUAACGGCGACAUAAAUGUGGCACAAAAAGAGCACAUUGGAUAUGUAUUACUGCCAGUUCGAGGAAUUCCAAUGCUUCCUGUUCAAAAGGCUGUUAAAGUUAAAUGUCGAUGGAUGAAGAUAAUUGGACUAUCUAAAGAUUUUAGACAACAUAAGCCAGAGCUUCUAAUGAACAUUAUGAUCACUGAUAAAGAGUUUUUAUCAAUUGAUAAAAAUAAAAUACUUGAAGCUCAAACGAUUGAAUCAAGGGAAUCGAUAAUGUUUGAAGAAAAUCCUAAUCCAACAAUGAUGACGUCUCAAAAAGGCAUAUUCAUUCGAUUGCUUCAAAAAGAAGGUCUACUACAAGUCGGAAGCAUUGAUACUGACUGUGACAUUUUUAAUGUACGACUAUUAAUCCAAAACAUCAAAUAUCUAGACAACAUCUUCGAUAGUGCUGAAAAUCUAUCAAAUCGCGACUUUUUUAUUAAUUAUAUUUUGCUAGGAAAUAAUCAUUCACGUAAAUUGGAUAGAAAGUUCAACCGUACUCAUCAGAUUCAGGAAAAAAUAUCAAUAAAUUUCCGUUCCUCAUUAAAGUCACUCCACAACUAUUUUGAGAACAUAUUUUAUGUUCCUGUAGAAAUUUAUUCAGACAACAAAAUGAUUGGAUCUGUAGAAAUUCGACUUGAUCAGCUUAUUACUAGCUUUAGUCUACAAGAAUUUAUUGACAAAUAUCCAAAAGGAAAGGAAUAUGAUGGCGUAGAGACAAUAAAGACACAGAAUAAUGUUGAGACACAAAAUCGACCAAUUUUGGAAUAUAAAGUACUGAUAAUAUAUCAAGGAACGAGAAAAUUACAUCAGAAUGAGCUUUUUGAAAAUUAUGCAUCGACAGAAAUGAAGAUUGAUGAGAAGGCAGGAGGCGAUUACAUACCUAAUAUAAAGGCUCAAUCAAAUGUCGAACAGAUUGAAGAUGAAAGUAGCGAAUCUGAAAAAUCAAGUGCCGUGGAAGUAAAGUCUGUCGGCAUCGGUAAGAAAAAAACUGAACAAGAUUUACAGCAGAAAGCUAGUCAGCCAGAAAAGACAAAUAUAGAUUCGAUGCUUAAAGAUCAUGAAUGUGGAAAAACAUCAGAAAUUCAACGCUUAUUUAGCUACAAUUUGCAACUCAAAUCAAUGAAAUUCAAUAAGAAGCCACACAAGGGUAUAUGGCAAAUUAGUUUCUUCCAUGAAUUUGCUGACACGCCACGUACAAUUGUCAACCGUGACAUUCAUGAAAAUGACAUAGACGGAAAUGUGAUUGCGUUCAAAGAUCUCGAAAUGAAAUUGUAUUUUACGUCACAUUCAGAGAAUAUUAUGGAUUUAAUAAAGUCUACAGUUUCGUGUACAAUGUGCAUUCGUGGACCGCAUAAUACUCAUGCCAAAGCAUAUUUAGACUGCAAGAACCUGUUGAUUAGCAAUAAGGAGAAAACAUGCGGAAAUAUUUUAUUAACGAAUCAAAAUGAGACUGUUAGUGCUAUGGCUGAAAUCUUUGUAUAUCUUGACGAUGCUGGACUUAAUUUUAAUGCAAAAAGAGUAGAAAAUCUGCCAGAAAUGAAUGAAGAUCCCAAAAUUGACAUAGCAAAGACCAUUGAGAUUCAAAAGGAAGAACUUUUUGACGAAAGUAUCGCAUACAAAAUGAUUAAUGAGCUUGAGGAUUGGAAGGAGCAUCAACAGACGAAUUUCUUAUUUGAACUGAAACGUACCGAAGAGAAAUAUCUAGAGAAGCUUAGGACUGAUUUUAAUAACAUGAAAGCAUCUUAUGAAGAUAAAUUUGAAGAGAAAAAUAACGAAUUGCAAGUCCUAACGAAGACACUCGAGGAUGCUCAUAAUUCAUUGAAACAAAAGAACCUUCAGCAUGUCAGAAAUGAGGAUAGUGCUCAAAAAAUGAAACAAGAACUAGAAAAAUCAUAUGCUGAUAAGCUUCUGAUGAUAAAAGAACGAACAAAGCAAUUGGAGCAAGAAUUUAUGCACGAACUUAAUAUGAAGAAUUUAAAGAUUGAGGAACUCGAAUGUAGCAAUAAGCAGCUUUACGAAAAGGUCAAUUUCUUGACCCAUGAAAAUUGCGACUUGAAGGGUAAAAUUGAUUGUAUGAAUGCUAAAUAUGAGGAUUUGAAAUCGAAUUUGGUGCCGAAGCAGGAAGUGGAGAACUUAAUUCAAGAGAUGAGAUUGCUCAAGGAGAAAUUCGAUGCCGCAACUCAAUCGAAAAAUUUCUAUAAGGAACAAUGGGCAAAAGCCAUUCGUGAGUGUCACAAAAUUAAUCGUGUCAAUAUUUGCGAUAGGAAGGAUAAUUUAUUUACGACCAAGUGUGACAGACUUUGUGAUAUUCUGUCGGACGAAAGUAGCAGGCUUAAUUUUGACAAAGAAGAACUUGACGAGAUUAAGCAUUGUUUAAGUUUGGAUGAUUAGCUUUAAAUGACAGCUGUGCCUUUAACUCUUGUUGCUCAACCAAAAUUGAAUGUUUAAUACAAAUUGUUAACUAUACAACAUAACUCACUUUGUGUACGAAACUGCA